CAACGCAAGACAUUACAGAUUCCAGGGCGCAAAAUUAGUCGCAAUCCAGCGGGGCUACUCCAAAAAAUAUCAUCCGAAGUUUCGAAUGUUGCCAUCCCUCUCACGCAAAGCGAGAUGCCAGCAUGAGCGAGGGUGACAGAAGACCCAAAACUUUGAGACGGCAUUUCGGAGUAGACCUCUUACUCUGCAAGUUCCCGGCGGAGAUCAAGUCGUUCUACAUGUCCCGGUGCGGCGACGACGAGCGGCUGACGGAGUCUGUGGACGUGCUCAUGCCGGGCGUGGGCGAGAUCGUCGGCGGCUCCAUGAGGAUAUGGGGCCACGAGGAGCUCAUGGAAGGUACGUGGGUAGCACUGGUAGACUGUCUUAUUGGAGUAUAGGCUGUCCAUGAGGAUAAUGGGACCACGAGAAGCUGAUAAAAGGUACGUGGAUUGGUGUCAAACAUCGCAGGGCAUUACAGGUUCCAGGGGGCGUGGCGUGAGUUUACGUCAAACGCAAAAAAGUGACAUUAAAUGUAUGACAGAUUGUACAGCGCCCCUUGCGGAAACUUUCAAGAACUAAAUUUCCUAGUGGAUCCAUGAGGAUCUGAGACCACGAAGAGCUCAUGGAAGGUACGUGGAUUGCUGUCAAACAUCGCAGGACAUACCACAGGUGACAGAGCUCAAGGUGACAGCGGGGUU